UGUCACCAACAGAGGCGAAGCGGAAGUCAAGGGCCGAUAUCACAAACUGGGGGCAGCUAUAAAGGCCUCGUCGCCAUAUCGCUCGAGACGCAUCCCGAUUGUACCCGUGGCUGUAGUCGCGUUGCGUCAAAGUCCACCUCAAGUGUGUGGGCUCCGUUGUCUUCGAUGCGGAUGGACCCGAUCCCGUAAAUAUUGGCCCUCUAUCUUCGGUCUCUGUUAGAGGCUGGCGUGUCCUGAGGGCCGCUCCGUCUUCUGCUGGUUAACACAGGCGAUGAACUUUUCGGUAUGUGGGGCGCAUUGAUCCCCGCGCCUUCCAAGCUCGCAUCUUCCGACUGGAUCCAGGCCCCGUCCUGCUUGUGUCCACCCAAAGUGGCUCCGCUAUAUCAGCGUGUCAUACUGUGAUGGGGGUCUUCUUACAAAUUCCCAUAAUAAGUCGAAAUCUGGUGUCAUCAAUUUCGCUUCAACGUCCCAGUCUCUUCCGACACCAUGCAGGUAGAACAGUAGUAGUGAGACCCCCGCCGUCUCCUUCCGUCAGCGAUAAACAAGAGAGUUCACAGUCAGUGCAACGUCUCGCUUUUCGAUGGCUCAUUCCGCAACUUGCCCCCUGCGACUCAAUCCCUCCCCUUCGAAAGCAUGAAGACUUUGUCCACCUCAUCGAUGCUGAUGAAGACCAAAUCCAAGACCAGUCGCAAGUGCUCAGCCUCGAAAUCAAAGAAGGAGCGCAAGAGUCGACGCGUCUACGACUUUGACUACGAUUUCCUGUCCCAGUUCUUUCACAUGCCGCAAAAGAAGGCCGCAGAGCUAAUCGAGGUCUCCGUCAUCACGAUCAAGCGCAACUGCAAGCGCCACGGCUUCAAGUGGCCGUACCGCGCCAACAAAUACAAGUCCCGCAACACGCAUGUACUGUCCGACAAGGCCCGAGCUUUCCGUGAUCUGCCGCUUGUGUGCAUGAAGGAGCAGAUUGACGCGACCAUGGAUGACAUGGAGCAGUCGAGCGAGUGCGAUACCGACACGGAGAGCGUCGACGACGACGAACUGGUGAAAAAGAACUUUUGCGAGAUCCUCUUUAUGCUUAAGACGUCAGCGAUGCCCAACGUGGCGAGUGCUAUGAUUCAGGUGUAGUGUGGUACAAUAGCUCCUCGAGUUGGUAUUUGCGAGGAUAAACUAACGUGGUGCUCGUUGCUGGAGCGGUAAAAUAAAUGAAUUUGUUUCUCUGCUGGG